CUGUUGUCAACUUUGUUGUCAGGGGCAGUUGGGGUGGUUUGAUCUGUACAAACUGUCGCGUUACAGUGAGCGUCCCAGGCUCUAGUGCUUUGUGUGCAGUGACACUGUGCUUUGUGCCCACAGACCUGCUUGAGCUUCGGCUUAUAACAUGAACCAGUGUUGAGUCGCUUAGCAACAUUUUACUGCACGAGCGGCGCCAAAUUCAAAACUAACACCAACAAAAGAGCUUCUACAACUCGAGUGACAGACAAUGGACGUGUUUACAGUGAAUAACUUGGAUGAAUCCACGUCCAGUUCUGAUGCUGCUGAUGUGUUAAUUCGCUCCACUAAAGCGGUGCUUCAACAAAAAAGUCAGACAACCAGGAGCGAAAAUAUGGAUUGUGGCUACAGAGAUAUUAAUAUUUAUGUCCGGAGACUUUCAGACUCUGUUCACGGUUCCUGUUUGGCUGAAAGUGGAUUUCAGGAGAUGAUUUUUCCUCCUGUGCUUCCUGUAAGCACACAUUCAGCUUCAACCACAGCACCUGAAGACCAACAUCAUACAGCAUCAGAUCCAGGUCAUGGAGUUUCCAGGAGAAGUCAUCUUCCAAGAGAAGGUAGAGAUUCAUUAAAAUCAUCGGUCGCACAAACAAGGGACAAAGAGCAGGAAGGGCAGGAUGUGUUAAUAUCGAGAUACUCCGCUCAUCGGAGAGGUGCUGUUGUUGCUGCCUUAAAGCACAGAUCCCACAGCGUACCGGUGAGGCGGGAGGUUAGGGUACAGUUGUUGGAUGCUGGAUGUCCACAGAGCAGCGAACCAAAUCUUCCUGAAGUCCAGCCUAACACUGGAUCACAGGAUGCUGGAGCUGCUUCAACUGCAGCAGCCAUUACAGCUGCUGCCAUUGCAGCCACAGCUCCUCUCAUCAAAGCCCAGAGUGAUAUGGAGGCUCGCGUAGCUCAGGUGGCAUCUGAGUUGCGGCGGCUCCAGGAAGCUGAGGGCAAAGUGAACAACGCAUCAGAGAACAGAUCGGGCAGUGGUGUGGACAGAACGGUCCAGCUGCAGGAGCAGCUGAAUGUACUGACCCAGCAGAGACUUCAACAUCUGGAAACGAUCCAAGGCCAACAGUUUGAGCUGCAGACCCGUCUCUUGGGUUCUGCUCUGGAUGCUGUAACGACACGUACCAUCCCACCCUCACACUCCACACAUCACACAGGCUCUGGUGUAACCCUGCCAGAGUGUGUACACAGACCAGAGUUUAGCAGGCUUCAUGUAGUGGAAAAUGCUGAUGCAGGAAAUUCAGGCUGGACAGUGGCCCAGGAGCAAAGCAGGGAGACUCAGAACAGAGGAGGGAAAAGUCUGCUAGAGAUGCCGGCACCACGUAACGUCAUCCCCAAACCCACCCAGUGGAAUCGUGCAGCCUACAGCAAACAGAAGAGGACACACAAACCUGCACAGACAAAGCACGGAAAUGGCAGGCUGCAGGAACAGAUCUCUAACAACCAGAAAUCUACAAGACAUCCAGCACAGCCUGAUGGAGUAAGGCAAGUUGCCAUAGCAACAGUCAAUGACAGCCAACCAGAGCAUUCAAGAGAGAACCUAGGAGAAACAUGCUUUUUUCCCACUGGAAGGGUUGAACCAGAGAGGCCAGCUGCUACGCUGACCAAACUUCUGAGCACAAACAUGAGCCAAGAAAGCCUGAAGGGAAUGCCUACUUUAAUCCAUGCAGCUCCAAGCAGCUCCAGCUCUGCUGUUCAGCAGGCCAAUGCAGUGCUACAGGAUCUGAGCAGAAUCAAAGACGAGAUGAGAAACUUAAUCCAGACUGCUGAUGCAUUUCCUGUGAAGCCUGCCGAACCAAGCCACCCCGCACCCCCCACCCUGCCCUCUCCUCCACCCAAGCCCCCACCCCCAGUCUCCAUGCCAUCAGAACAACAUGAUAAGGUCAGUCCUGAGGCUAUUCUCCUGUCUCGACCCAACCAGCUACAGAAUAGCCAUCCACCUGUCUCCAUGUUUGAGGAUGCGGAAUGUGUCCUGAGGCAGGUCAGACAAAGCCGGAAGGUUCUAGAGGAGAAUCUGCAGGCAAUUUUGAGAGCCAAGGAUGGAGAGGUGCUUCAUACACAACUAGAGGCUCUGUCAAACAACAGGGAUGCCAUCGAGGAGCUGAGGAUAAAGAAGACUGUUGAUGCCUGGAUCAACACAGUGAGCAAGGAGUUUCGGGAUGAGCUAGCACAACAUGGAUCCGUUGUUCAGAUGAAGGCUGUAGAGAGAGAUAGUGUGGCAGCAGGCGGAUCAACACAGCAGGAUCAGAGCAGCAGGAGCAGGAGCACAGCUGGGAAAGAGGCUGGAAGACUGGGGAGAGAGCGGAAAGGAGCUACUGCAGCGGCAAGGAGAAAAACCUCUCACAGAGACUCCAAUAGACCACAGGCAGUGAGCACACAGGCUUCCAGCCAAGAGCUUGCCUCAUCUUUCAGAAACAGUACUGAGCAGCACCCACAGGCGUCAGAAGUGCUGAAGUCUACAGGUGAUGAAGCAUACCUAACAAAGGUGUACGGGAAAGCCCUGUAUGAGGGACAACGGCGCACAUUAAAGAAAGGCCCCUACCUCCGUUUCAACUCUCCUACACCAAAAUCCAAAGUGCUGCGUCCUAAAAUGGUAGAGCGUGUUAAAGGUGUGAAGAUGAAGUCCUGCAAAACCCAGACCAGUGAUUCUGAAGCUUGUAAUGCGUCUCUCCUGCAGCCUGUGUCCUCUGAGCCCCAGUACCUGUUCAGUCCUUGUAGCCCCAUCCAGGAACAGCAGCCUGGUUCUCUGUUAAAAGGCUACCUCAUGCCCAUGGCCAUCCCCCUAGGCAAGCCCAGAGUUGAUGCCCAGGCCGCUUUGCCUUUACGGGUCAUUAUUAGUGACAAACCUGCAACUGUGAUCACCUCCAUCCCUCCUGCACCCAGAGUGGCUCCUCUCAUCCGUAAGCCCAACACAUUGCUGCUGGAAGUUGAGUCUGAAUCCAAGAAACCUGCCCCAAACCUCCAAAUACAGGUUCAACCCAGUGUGAACAUCGAGAGUGUAUCGGCCCAGAGCUGCACACUCUCUCCCUCACCUCCUCCUCCUCUUCUUCCUCCUCCAUCCUUUCAGUCCGAAGCAUUCGAAGCCCAAGUGUUCGAAGAUGAGGCUGAGGAGAAUGAUGGCUUUCCUGGAACCAACGUCUUUGAGGUGGCAGACAACAGUCAGGAGCCUGAGCUGGAGGGGAUGUUUCCUGAUUCUCCUCUAGAGCUGCAUGGACUUCCCACUCCUCCAGUUACUCUGUACCAUGGGCCGACUUUCCCACCACAGCGAAGCCAGCCCAGUCCCCUCACCCAGCCUGUAAUCACCGCCAUCCAGCACAGAGAGACCCUGGAGAACAGACUUGUGGACUGGGUGGAGCAGCAGCUGAUGGCAAGGAUGAUCAGUGGCAUGUUCCCUCAGCCAGUCCAUACAGACCCAGCCAUCAAUUCAGAGCCGGAGGACAGUGUCUCUUCAGACACCACAGGGGAGACAGCGGGUGGACUGCUGCUGGCUGUGGAUGCUGGAGUACCAGUGGACUCUGCGCUCAUCAGGCAGUAUGUGAAUGAGGUGCUGACUGACUUAAUCGCCCAAACACUGGGCCAGAGAGAGGGACUGACAGAGCCUCCUGCUCCAGCUUCAUCAGAGGAUGCACACGUUCAGCAGGAGAGUGCAGUACCGACACCGGUUCCCACUCCUGAGCCCAGUGUUAUAGAGAGUUCUCCAGAACUGAGGGAGGUGCCGUCUCCAAUCAGCACUUCAGAUCUCUCAGAGCAUCCUUCCCUUGUUCAAUCACCCAGAGAUUCCCAGUAUGCUCAACCUGAGCAACCAGUUUUACCAGAACUAGAACCAGUGGAAACACCUGUGUGCACUCCAGUUCCAUCUCCCAGAAGAACAGAGACGCCAGAGCCAGAAAACCCACACAACAAUCAAUGGGAUGAUGUAGAACUUCCUCUUUUAGAGGAGAAACUACACAGUGACGAAGAAGAGCAACAACCGCAAACGGUUGAACUUUCAGUAGCUCAUGAGGAGGAGGAAGAGUCAAUCAUCCAUCCAUUUUCUCCAGUUCUACCCAAACCACAGAAUCCUUCAACUGCUGCUACAGAGCAUACUGAACCUGCUCCUCCAGAGUGUCCGUCUGUGAAGGAGAGCAGCUCAAACUCCAGCACCUCUAUCACAGAGACUGAGACGGAGACAGAGACAGACACUGCAGCCAGACACAUCUCUGAGGGAGAGCUGCUUUUCAGCUGUGGCCAGAUGGCUGAAGUCAGAGCUUUGGCAGAGGAGGGCUUGACUUUGCAGAACCUAAUGACAAGCUUUAACAGCUCACUGCAUGGAGUCCAAGAUAUGGAUUAUGAUCCUCCAAGUGAGGGUGAGGUGACCAGAAGGCGUCUUGUUUCUGCACACCGUGACCCAAUCCUGUCACUGCUGGCCCGGAUGGAGCAGGGUCCAGUCAGCCAAUCACACCAACCUGAAAGGUGGAGGGAUGACGAGAGCAACGGGGAGCUGAGCGAGGGGCAGCGGCCGGUUCUGACAGUAGCACAGGAAAGAGUGGUGAUGGGACACUCUCUCAUCUCGCAGCAUCAGUCUAUCCAGUCCUCUGCAAUACAGUCACAAAACACCUACACUAUCCUGAGUUCACCUGGACAAUCAGAAACUCAGCACACAGGUGAAAAAGGUGCAGUCCCUAAGAAUGGUGGGCUGUCAGUAAACGUCUCCCUAUCAGCAGAGCACACAGAGCCUCCACAUGCUCUUCACUCGUUUACUGCAUCUACCCUACAGCCAGGAGACUAUGCACAUCAACAGGCUGCUGAGCCACAGCCGAUAGUAAACAGACUGACUCCAAUACUGGUGAAGCAAUACAACAGCACAGAAGAGCCAGGGAGAAGACCCUCUCAUGUUUCUUCGUCAGCAACAGUCCUGCACAAACAAAGGGGGCCAAAGCCCAAGCUGACACAGUGUCUCCCAGCACUAGGUUCUUCUCUUGGAGGUCCUUUUAAACAAAGAUGAGAGAGGAUUAUUUACAUAGUCCAAACUGGAUGCCUGUCUUCUUAGGGCUGCUGGCCAAUAUUUAAAUCCAUUUUUGGUUUGUAUACAUGAAUCUAGCAAUGAAGCACUGUACUUUUGACUCAAUACAGAUUUAUAGUCAAGUAACAAACUGUUGAUCAGUAUCACAAGCACUUUGUUACAGUGAUUAAAUGUCUAGUGUAAUCUCUUAAUUGAAUCCAUGCUUGAAAAGCUUGAAGUACAAACGUGGCAUGUUCCCUUGUGCCGCAUUUUGCAGAGAGCUGUUGACACUAUUGGUGUAUGUUUGUCAACGCUGCCUGGGCCCCUGGUGCUCUGCAGACAGGAUGAGAAAAAGUCUAAAGUUAAAUCUAGGAUUGUACUGUGUUUUCCUAUUAAAACAGGAAAUAAAGGAACAAUAAUCAACCCCACCAGACAAAGUAAACAAAACCAAUCCAAAGCUGGUCUUUCUGACAAACAUUCAUCCAUUCCCCAAUCAGCACCAGUAUUUGGAAUUUAUAGGUCAAAACCUCUGCAAUAACACAGAAUAAACAAUCCGGUUUUU